AUGAACAAUAUACCAUUGCAAGUGAUUAUGAUUCAGAAAAUUAUAAAAACAAAGGGAGAUUAAGAAGAUAUGAUAUUGCCAGACUCUGAUUAAGAGGAUUAAAGUCCAAAUACAAAUAAUAACAAUGAAAAUGGAGAUUUAGAAUUAAGAUUAAGAUUAAAGAUGAAGCAACUUAGAUUCAGCAAUUAAAAUCAAAUCUAUUAUUUCUCAUAGAAUGGAAAAUCAUCUCCAAAUCAAUCUCCUGUUCUUUCUCCAAAAUAUUCUUCCAAUUCACUCUAAUCUAUUCUAAAACCAAAAAGUUGUUCCAUCUUUGGAUAGACAAAGAGAUGA